AGUCGACCGCCAUGGCCAUCUUCGGGCUUUGGGUGAUCAAUAAAGCCGGAGGGCUAGUAUAUCAGCGUAAUUUCGCGGAGGGCCUCGCUCAAUUAACCUCUAACGAGUAUCUCGUACUUGCUGGAACCUUGCACGGUAUCCAUGCUAUCACAGCACGUCUGUCUCCAACCGGCUCCAGUUCUGGCGCGCAAGUGAUUGAAGGAGAAAGCUUCAAGUUAACCAUCCUACUGACCGCCACAGGGACAAAAUUCGUUCUACUUACUUCUCUGACUGAGAUGACCGCCGAUACCGUGCUUCAGAAGGUUUACGAAGCUUAUGCGGAUGCUGUGAUGAAGAACCCAUUCCACACGCCGGAGAUGCCUAUUCGUAGUGAAGGCUUCGACACUCGCAUUACAGCUCUCAUAGGCUCCGGGCAGUCUUCCUGAGAUCACUGACCCCUCACGUUCCGACACUUGGGGAGGCUUUACUCCAGGGGACUUCCGAGUACAACGGCACUUUCCGCUAGCAGGAGGAGCGCCUUUCGCACAUUAUUCAGCACAGCGAUCACGACGAUCCGAAACCCCUCGUCCGCGGAAGAUAGCCAUGUACCCGGUCGCAUGCCGCCUUCCAGUAUUCCUCACCUUCUGAGUCAUUUUCAUAUGGGCUUUCGCUUUUCGCACGCUGAGGCUAUGGGGGUCAAAGCAUCGCUAUACGAUAACUCGACGCUCUCGCUGUUCUCGGCCAUAUAUGGGCCAGGGCCUGCUUACACUGGUUAGGUCGAUGGCAUGCACAUGUACGCAGCACUGCCCUCCG